UAUCACGGUGCCGAGCGCUCCGUGUUUCCCCCAGCCCAGCCCCUCUGGCUCCUGGUGGAAGAUAUGGAAGAGGAAGAUAAAGCCGCUGGCUGCGGGCGCUGACGGCCGCAUGCCUCUGCCGCCGCCGCCGCUCCAGCGAGCCGCUUGCAGCGGGAUGAGAUGCAACUCCUGCUAAUUGGAUCACAGGCUUAAGUUGUAAGUGGGUAUCUUGUUACCAGAGGCGAAAUGAAUAACUCAACGUACAUAAACUCUUCCUCUGAAAAUGUGAUGGCCUUGGAGAGCCGCUAUAAAACUGUCGAGGUGGUGUUCAUCGUCCUGGUGGCAGGGUCCCUCAGCCUAGUCACCAUAAUUGGCAACAUCCUGGUCAUGGUGUCCAUCAAAGUCAACAGGCACCUCCAGACUGUCAACAAUUAUUUCCUGUUCAGCCUGGCCUGCGCUGACUUGAUCAUCGGCAUCUUUUCCAUGAACCUGUACACCCUGUACACUGUGAUAGGCUACUGGCCCUUGGGGCCCGUGGUGUGUGACCUCUGGCUGGCUCUGGACUACGUGGUCAGCAACGCCUCAGUAAUGAACCUGCUCAUUAUCAGCUUUGACAGGUACUUUUGUGUCACCAAGCCCCUGACGUAUCCCGUGAAGCGGACCACGAAGAUGGCCGGCAUGAUGAUCGCAGCCGCCUGGGUGCUGUCCUUCAUCCUCUGGGCCCCUGCAAUUCUCUUCUGGCAGUUCAUUGUGGGAGGAAGGACUGUCCCAGAUGGGGACUGCUACAUCCAGUUUUUUUCCAACCCUGCUGUCACUUUUGGCACUGCCAUUGCAGCCUUCUACCUGCCUGUUAUCAUCAUGACUGUCCUUUACUGGCAAAUCUCCCGAGCCAGUAAGAGUCGGAUAAAGAAAGGAAAAAAGGAAGCUGCCCAAAACCAAGAAACAGUUUCCCCCAGCCUUGUCCAAGGUAAAAUAGUGAAACCAAACAAUAACAAUAUCCCGACCAGCGGGGAUGGGUUGGAGCACAGCAAAAUUCAGAAUGGAAAAACCAGUGAAGAGACUGUGACCAAUAACUGUGUUCAAGGGGAGAAGGAGAGCUCCAAUGACUCCACCUCCAUCAGUGCAGUCGCUUCCAACUUGAAAGAGGAUGAAGCUACCAAAGAUGCCAGGCAAGCUUCUGCCUCCCAAGACCAUGUCAAAGCAGAGAACUCCAAGCUGACAUGCAUCAGGAUAGUCACCAAGUCCCAAAAGGGGGACUGCUGUGCCCCUACCAACACUACCGUGGAGAUCGUAGGCACGAACGGGGAGGAGAAGCAGAACAGCGUGGCCCGGAAGAUCGUCAAGAUGACAAAGCAGCCAGCCAAAAAGAAACCACCCCCUUCUAGAGAGAAAAAGGUGACAAGGACGAUUCUGGCCAUCCUCCUGGCCUUCAUCAUCACCUGGACCCCAUACAAUGUGAUGGUGCUCAUCAACAGCUUCUGCACAUCCUGCAUCCCCGGCACCGUGUGGACCCUGGGUUACUGGCUCUGUUACAUCAACAGCACCGUCAACCCCGCCUGCUACGCGCUCUGCAACGCCACCUUCAAGAAGACCUUUAAGGACCUUCUCAUGUGUCAUUACAAGAAUAUAGGAGCUACAAGGUAAAAAUUAUAAUGAAAAUAAUUAUGGAAAGGGUGGAGAAGUUCCAAAUUAAAUUUCAAAAAAACCCUUUGAUGCUACAGCACUUUAUGGUCUUCUAUGGAAUGUGCAAUCCAGGAUGUUAGUGGAAAUACUGAUAAGGGGCAUUGGCUGUACCCCUGAGGACUACACUUUAAAACAUUUUUUUAAUAAAUGAAAAUAAAUCUUUGGGACACGGGGAUGUUUGAGAAAUUAUUCAAGUAUGUGGACUGGAGGCACAGUUCCUUACUUUCUGAGAGUAUUCUGCAGAAGGGCUUUAAAGUCUAUGAUUUUUGGUCAUUCUGUGUAAAAUACUUGUUCUUUCAUUCUCUUUUUCUUGUGUUUUUUCCUGUGUGUGUUUAUUAUGUCUUCAUCCAGGUAAAAAAAAAAAAAAAAAAAAAAAAAAAAUUUUAAUAAUAACUGUGUGGAAGAGGCAUAGGAGUUUGGAAGAUCAUUGCAUAAUCCAAAUCAAUCAUGGCAGAAAUUUUCUAAAGCUCAAAGUUGUCUAAAGUUGUUUUGCCACUGUCAUGUAAGAAGCUUAAUGUUAGGUAAAUCAUGAUGAAAGUUUUUUCUGUUGUUUAUGACACCACCAUUUCCAAAACCACAUCAGUUCUGAAAGUUUUCUUAUGCACAACAUGUAAUCAUUGUAUAUUGUUACAAGUCUGCUGCUUGCCCCAUCCCAGGGGCUUUUGUUCUGUGACUUCCUCAUCAUGUCAAGAUCAAAGUGAAAAGACUUGGUCUCGUCCAGAUUGCUACAUGCCAAGACUUCUUCAGCAUCCAUGUAAACCAAAGCUUUUGAGACAAUUUUGUUCACUUUAUUCAUCACGUGACAUCAACCUGUGGAUUUGUCUUUUACCUUCAUCAGCCUUUUCUUCCUUUCUGUACCUUACUUGUCCAGGGCAAGACUGAACAUCAAAAAAAAGAAGCUGUAAAUUUAAA